ACACACUCGAAAUCAUUGUCAAGCUCGUCAUCACUAAGACAUCUGCGACCAUUUUGUUACCCGUCAUCUUAGUUCAGAAAACGGUUAUGAUGAGGUUAAUGAAUCUUAGUUGUAAUGUAUAUCUGGUCGUCUUCGUCGUCAUUGUUGGAAUCAUAACCGAUGUGGUGACUUGUGAUUUCAUUGAUGAUCUUCAUCUGUCCUCGUUACGAGUACGGCGAGGUCCCCCAGAUUGUUCAAGAUGCAGAACAGAAUUAUGCCGAAUGUACUGUGGAACGCCGGGUGGGAGAAAACGUUCAAUUAGUGAUUCACAGGUCUUCAGAAAAAAGUUUCCAAUCAGGAGAAGAAUCUCUCUUUUUGAUUCUGUUUUGGAUCGCCUCUCCACAGAAAAAAAACAAAGUAUUAUGAAGGCAUUAGUUGCAAAACUACACAAACAUGAAACAUCAGAGACAGAUCAUCAGCUGUUAGAAAAUCGACUUUUCAGCAAAAAAUCAUGAUUCAUUCGAACCAUCGAAAUCCUUGAUCAGUACUAAAACGACACCAACGACUUUACGAUUAACUGAUUUUUCUAUACUAUAUUUUUAACAUCCAAUUCAUAAACGUUUCUUGCUGAAUAAUACUAGGCCUAAUAAUUUGAAUAAAAAGAGUAUACGUGAACGAACCAAACGCUGAAAGUUGCAUCAAAAUCGAAUACAAACAAAGUUGUCUUACAGACUUAUUAUUAUUUCGGUGAAUCAGCAAUAUGCCAUCAUCAUGGAUAUGCAAUGAGUAAACUAAUGUCGCGCCCAAAGUUACCUUUACAUUUUUAUCUACUGUACAAUAUCGUUAUUAGCUGUUGUUUCAUUGUGUAUAAAAGCCGAGUUGUAUACAGUAUUUUACACUAAUUAGUAAUAAAAAAAAUUUUGUUCACAUUCUUAAAACAAAUUUUGAUGUAAUUGUAAUUUCAUAAAAUAAAAUACGAAAUAAAAAGCAUCAGCUCGCUCAUUGCAUUAUUUUCAUGAUGUAUACUGCUUACUCUCAUCCUCCUUGAUCAAAUUGUCAGUGUUUGCACGUUCAAUGCUACUUUAUUUGUUCAAAAAAAUAUAUAUAUUCAUCCUUGAUGUUUUGUCCAGAUGUUUUUGUAAUUUGCGUUCAUACAAAUAGGUGCCCGUUUCAAUUUACAAGUAUAUAGCUGUCCUUAACGUUCUUUUCUAACGCUUCAUCGGGCAACGAGUUAUCUUAAUUUUUAUAUUGUUAAGAACCGGAAUAGUUGGCAUGUGAAGUUUUAGCAAGUUUAGUUAAAAAGCAUAUUGAUUUGUAACAAAAUGGGUGUAUUAGAGGCUGUAUCACUCUGGGGGGUAAGGGGACAUAAAUCCCGUGUGCCGUUUUCAGGGAUCGCAAAAGGGCAACAGUUUAAACAAAACAGGGCCAUAAUUAUUCAGAAUUCUAAUCUGACAAGCGUCAGAAGCGAGAGAGAGAGCAUAAUUUCGACGCUCGUCCUUGUGAAAGACUGAAGAGGCGUGAUUUCAGGAUAAGUAUUUCCUGUCAGAAAUUGUUUUUCGUUACGCGACUGUAUUCUUUCGUGGUUUUUAUUUGAUAAAGACUUUGAUUCUUUGAUAUAAUGAAAUACAUGCAGCAAAUUAAAUAUUACCCAUUUUUAUGUACACCUCUGUCACUGGUAACAAUUUGGAAUAGCGUUAUGCCCGAUCAAUGCUUAAAUAGAAAGCGGUCAUGUAAUCUUAAUUUGUGUCAGAAGUUAUAUCAUUCUGAGGACUAAACACAUACAGACAUCUUUUGCUCAAAUAUCAUGCAUAUAAAUAUUUCAAUUAUUCUGUCCCCACAAUCUUGGACUUAUAUCAUCAAAAAGUGUUAUACUUACGGGAAAUUCCAACAUCAUAUUCUAGUUUAGAUAUAAAAAUACAUUUAAACCAUAUUUUAUAUGUCUAUCGAUAUCUUGUUUUUGGAUGUACACUGUUAAACGCUGUUUAAAAUUUUAAGCAUAUUGUUUAAGCCCGUCACUCUAACAACUAUUGUUUAAACAUUUUAAACAACUGUUUACACAUUUUAAACAACAGCCCUUACUGUUUCAACUUUUUAAACAAGUUGUUUAAAAAGUUUGAACAAUCAUUUAAAAAAAGUUUAAACAACUUGUUAGAGUGACAGGCUUAAACAAUGUGCUAUUUUUUUAUUGUGUAUAUCGAUGUUUUGAUCGAAUCUGACCUCGAUUUGUUGUUUUAAAAGUAUAUUUCUGUACUGACAUACAUGUAAUAUCUAAAUUAAGAGACAUAAGCAAUAUUUCACGUGCAAUGUGCACUCAUUUUUUUCCUUUUAACAUAGUUUUCGAUGUGAAUAAUAGUAAGAUCUAUGAGGAACUGAAAUAUAUUUCUUGCAAUUUCCUUAUUAUACGCGGAAUUGUUAUUGAAGCAGACUACAUUUUCGUCAGUGACGUAACGAGGCCCCCCC